AUGGCGGCCAGGCUGCUGAGUGCCAUGCUGGGCAUCCUCGGGGUGCUCCGGGUGCAGGUGGACACGUUCAUGGUGGACCUAGACCGGCAGAAGAUUGCAGGAUUCUGGCGGGAAGUCGGUGUGGCCUCUGACCAAAACCUGGUGCUGAAGGCCCCCAAGAGGGUGGAGGGUUUGUUCCUCACCCCAAGCGGGAGCAACCUGACUGUCAAGGUCGCGUAUAACAACUCAGGAAGCUGCGAGACAGAAAGUAUGGUCGGCUCAGAAAUAGAUGUUGCAGGCAAAUUCACUUUUCCUGGCCACAGGGAGAUCCGCGUGCUGGACACGGACUAUGAGCGCUAUGCCAUCCUGAAGGUGUCCCUGCUUUGGCAAGGCAGGGACUUCCACGUGUUCAAGUAUUUCACUCGGAGCCUUGAGGACGAGGAUGAGCCUGGCUUCUGGAGGUUCCGAGAGUUGACAGCAGACACGGGCCUUUACCUGGUGGCCCGGCAGGGGAGGUGUGCCAAGCUCCUGAAGGAGAGGUUGGGACUGUUACCCCACUUUACAGAUAGAAAAACUGAGGCUCACAGAACCAGGUGCUUUGCCCAAAUCCAGGCAGCAUGGGGUCCUGACCACUGCCCCCCGGAGCCUCCGCAGGCCGCGCAGGUCCCUGAGCCCCUGCCCUUCUGUGUGGCAGGAGCUGAUUUAGAGGAGUUCCUCCGCACAGGCCGUGACCUCCGCCCCAAGUCCUCGAGGAGGCUGAGCCGUGGGGACCCAGAGGGCCAGGCCACUCCCUCUCUGUUUCCUGUGGUGCCUGGAGACAAGGUGGCUCACAAGGAGGACAGCAGCCCCUGCCCUCCCGUCCCCCAAGGGUCCCACCCUGCCCUGCCUAUUCAGAACCUGAUGGCCAGGCUGUUGCAGGUGGGGGCCCUGCAGCGUUGCCCUCCCUCUGCCACAGUCUCCAUCCAGCUCCCGAGAGUGGAGAGGACAGGCUGGGAGCGCGUGGGCAGCUGCACCAGGCGCCAUGCAGUGACGCCGACGCUCAGCAUGAAGGACCCCUGGCACUUGGGAUAG